UUCAAUAGGUGCUACCGAACAAACUGACUCUCAAGAGCCAACUGAACAACCAACUUCAACAGGUGAUACCGAACCAACUGACAUUCCAGAACUAACUGAACAACCAACUUCAAUAGGUGAUACCGAACCAACUGACUCACAAGACCCAACUGAGGAACCAGCAUCUAUAAGUGUGACAGGAGCAAGUGGAUCCACAAAAUCCUCAAAAACUAUAAUACCAAGAGGCUCUUUAAAAACAAGUGACAAGCAGACACCUAAAACAGAUACGGCACCAACGGGUUCUCCAUCUGAGGAACCGACUCAAAACAGUUCCACAGAACAAAUUGGUUCUACAGGUCCAAUUGGGUCAACUGGACCAAUUGAUCUUACUGGGCCAACUGGAGCUACCGGGGUCACUAGUACUACGGAGCCAACAGAGACAAAAGGAGCAAUUGCAAUUGAUGCUGAAGAUCAGUUUAAUGUUACAAGUUCAAGUGAGGUUACAACUCCCAAUGGUUCAACAGGACCACCAACUAUCGUGAGCACUACUUAUCCUUCUGAUACUGUUGGUCCUUCAGGUGCACCUGGUCUUUCAAACACAACCAGUCCUUCGGGUUCAACUGGUCCUCCAAUCGAACUUGAUUUUCAGGGUGCAACUGGUCCUUUAAGUGCAACUGGUCUUUCAAGUGCAACUGGUCCUUCAGGUACAAUUAGUCCUUCACGUUCAACUGUUGCUCCAGGUACAAUUGGUGCUUCAGGUGCAACUGGGCCUUCAGGUACGACUGAUCCUUUAGAUACUAUAGGUCCCUCAGGUGCAACUGUUCCUUCAAGUAUAGCUGGUCCUUCAAGUAGGACUGAUCCUUCAGAUACUGUUGAUCCGUCAAAUGCAACUGCUCCUUCAAGUGUAACCAGUCCUCCAAGUUCAACUGGUCCUCAAAUUGAAAAUGAUUUUCAAGGUGCAACUGGUCCUGUAGGGGACAUUGGUCCUUCAAGUGCAACUGGGCCUUCAGGGGAAAUUGGUACUUCAAGUGCAACUGGUCCUUCAGGUGCAACAGGAAUAAUAGGAACGACAGGUGCUAGUGAUUCUACAGAAAAUAUAAACGCUGGUAGUAAAACCAUUACAGGUAAGGGGAAACCUGGUAUCGAAAUUAUUGACCGAUCAGGAAUGACUAGCAAGCGUGAUAAAGAUACCAGCAAUGCUGCACGAAUUAAUUCAACUGGUACAAGAGGAACUACAGAAGUUGUGGGGACAACAGGAACUACUGAUAAAAUUAGAGCUACACGACCAACUGUUACUUUUGGAACAAUUGGAGCUAUAGGACCAACCAGUAUAACAACUGUAGCUACAGUACAAUCUGAUAUUACAGGAAAAAUUGAGGCUACGGGACUAACUAGUACUACACUACCAACUGGUACAAUAAUAAGAACAAUUGGAGCUACAGAACAAACUGGGGCUAGUGUACCCACUAGUACUACAGGAACAACUGGCACUGCAACAUCUGGAGCCAUAAGAACAACUGAAGCUACAGUACAAACUGGUACUGCAACAACAGCUCGAGCUAAAGCACCAACUGGUGCCACAGUACAAACUGGUAUUGUAGUACCAACUGGUACAAUAGGAAUAACUGGGGCUACAGUAACAACUGGUGUUACAGGAACAACUGGCACUACAGCAACAACUGGAGCCAAAGCACCAACUGAUAUGACAGCAACAACUGGAGUCAAAGCACCAACUGAUACGACAGCAACAACUGGAGCCAAAGUACCAAC